AUGCGAAUCGUAAUAGGAAAUCCAACCCAAGUGCUACCAUGGGAAGAGCAUGAAGAGUUGAUUAAAGCCAUGUUUGAAACAUGCGGAAUUACUGAUAUUCAUUGCGAGGACUUGGAAAUUCCAACACAAAAUUCAAUUCAUAGACUGAAAAUGCAUGUGAGAGAAACAUUAAUCGAGGCAAGAAGAACAGGAAUUAGUCAUAUCGUCUCAUCAGGAACUAAAGAUGAAAUUAAUGAAGAGAAAUUAAUGGACGAACAAUAUGAUUCCUCAUCCAUAUAUUCCUUUUUAGGAGACUCUGUUUCCAAUGUGUUAAAGGAAACAAAGGAAUCUAAAGGGCAAUAUUUAACUUUACAAAGAGCCACAGGUGUGUUAAGUAUUAAUGACAUUCAAUUGGAUAAAAGUAAACCAAAAUCUUGGAAAGAUGAUAAUGUUGGUAUGGGGCUGCGGGACAAACAACUUGAUGGUGUACAUGUUUUUGGAAACCAUUUUGAAUGUUUUGUCGACGCAUUGAUUGGUUUUGAGGGUAAUAGGGAAGCUAAAAUUAGUUACGCUUGCAAUAUAUUAAGAUUUGCCAUCUCUGAUGAUGCUAAAGAAGUUAUUGUGAGAUGGAUUUUUAACAAUUUAAUCGAAUAUAAAUAA